CAAGACAACACACUGGCAGCAGGGAGGAUGUAGAGGCUGCCGUGGUACAAGACAGCAUGUGACAAGGACAGCUGCUUCAAGGCACAUAGGCAGUAGACGCAUCCUCUGUAACGAACACACAUACACAGAAAGAGAGAAAUAGAUAGAAAAGACCUGUUACUGCAGGAUCAUACAUAGGGUAUUUGAGUGGACACAAGGAAGAGAGGUGUUUGAGUGAAUUAAAAUGCACCAUUUCUCUCAUAAGGCAUUUGGGAUUAAUCAGAGCUAAUAGAAGUGAGGAGUGUGUGGCAGUGCAAGGGGCAGGACCACAUGAGUAUAAUUUAGACCUUGUAUACUAGAACUAGGUAAACACACACACACACACACACACACACACACACACACACACACACACACACACACACACACACACACACACCAGGAUGAAGAUGUCCAAGAGUUCCUCGGGGUCUGGUGCUGGAAAUGACACCCGUGCAGAGCUAGCUGAGCUGGUGAAGCGGCGGGCUGAGAUCGCAGACAACUUGGCAUCCUUGGAGCGGCAGAUCUAUGCCUUCGAGGGGUCGUACCUGGAGGACACUCAGCUGUAUGGCAACAUCAUCCGUGGCUGGGACCGCUACCUGGUGACCAACAAGAACACCAACGCCAAGAACGACAAGCGCAACAGGAAGUUCAAGGAGGCGGAGAGGCUCUUCAGCAAGUCGUCCAUCACCUCCAUGGCAGCCGUCAGUGGCAUAGUGGAGCAGAUGGGUGACCGGCUAGGUGACAAUACAGACACAAAUGACGUCAACUCCGGUAGCGAGGACAACUCCAAGGACUCGGUGAGCGCUGGGGUGAAUGGCGACUCCUCUCGUGACACCCCCAUGUUGCACAAGCUGUCCAAGAGCUCCCACAAGAUCAAGAAGAGCAGCAAGAAGAACAGGCAUCGCUGAAUAGAUGCUGUGCUUUGUUAUGCAGUAUUUUAUUCCUCUAACUCAACUUUUAUCUUAGUUUUUCACAUAUGACAAAUGAGACAAUGCUAUGUUGGAUGUCUUCUUACUCUCACUUACUUUUUUCUCCUGACAACAAGCACUAGUGAAUGAUAUUGACUUGAUGGGUGGUUCUCCACUCCCCUUCAUUUUGUCUUCUCAUAUUGUCAUUUUCACACUUUCCCUGGUAGGAAAAAUCUGAACAAGGCUUAAUUCUUAGGCUGCACUGGAAUCCAACAUCUUUCAUGCACUUUUGUAAAUACUUAAUGACCACAUUUCUUCAUGUAUGUGUGUGUAGAUGGAUAAUUUUUUUAUUCCGUAGGUUUUAAGGACAUUGCACUCGUGACUGUUACGCAUGCCCCAUCAGUACAAGUACAAAUAAUCUAUCUGAAUAAAUAUACUCUAUGAAUAA